AUGGCGGGAAGUAUGAAUUGUAGAAUGCACUGUAUACAGUGUACAGUAUGUCGACUGGGUGACGCUGGAUACGUUACACUACCCUCAGGUGUUCUACAGAUCAGCAGUCUAGCUGAAUCUGAUACGGGUCUCUACCGAUGCAUCGCAUCCCGCGGGGAACUGCACAAUCUACCUGAUGAAAUUGAUGAUAUUGAAAUGAUGCGCAGCAAAGAAGCUAGGCUCAAAAUACACACAGUUGGCAGGAACCGGAGAUUACGGGUACUUGGUUCUUCGCAGAAUGUCGCUGUUCGCCAGGGAGAGACGGCCAUCUUGGAAUGUCUUGUCGAUGGUCGGCCUCUUCCGAACAUCACGUGGUACAGAUUUGAUAAGAAAGCCAUUCGGACGGACUAUGCAGUACAGUUUGGUCAGGGUAACUUAAAGAUAUUUGAUGCCCAGUCGUCCGACAGUGGGACGUACGUGUGUUCGGCUAACGUACCCACAGGUAGCGGUUUCAAAGAGCUCAAAAGUUACUCCAACCUGACUGUCCAUGUACCACCGUCUCUCAAGUCGAAUUUCAACUCGCAAAGAUGGCCGUUUGAUCGAAUUGUAAUUUUCACCUGCAACGUGGACGGCAACCCCAGGCCAAACGUCACCUGGUUCUUCAACGGGAAGCAGCUUCGCAGCAACAGCAGGUCCAAGUUUCAGCUGAAGUCUAAGCACACGCUGAACAUAAUCAAUGCGGGUUUGAAACAGUCAGGGUAUUACCAGUGUAUGGCUACCAACGAUGCAGGACAAUUCAUUGCAACGGCCAGACUGGAAAUAUUCACUAGAGAUGGUGUUCCGCCGGCUCCAUUAAUAAAAGAAGCCAAGUCUACCUCUCCUACCACCAUUUUUCUACGAUGGGAGCAGCCCACCACAAACCCAGAGAAGCCCAUUCUAACCACAGCUAUUUAUUACACGAAAAAUGAUGGUAAAAUCCAGACGAUGUUUGCGCAGCAGAACAAUUACACACUGACUGCGCUGGAGCCGUACACGAAUUACACGAUCGAGGUCCGGUCCUAUAACUCUAUAGGAGCCAGCGUCAGUGACCGACACACGGUCGUACAAACACAGGAGGGAGUUCCAGAAUCUGUUCCGACCCUAACCGUGCGUAGUCUGAGUUCCAGGAGUAUUGGUGUGGAGUGGGAGGCGCUCAGUGCGUCCGACAGUCGAGGGGAGAUAAUCCAGCACAGGAUCUACUACCACGAAGACGGACAAGCUGACAUCAAGAUGUAUGAAGUUCCUGGCUCACAGUUUUCAUUCACUAUCCAAGACCUGGAGCCCGGCACGGUCUAUCAGGUGAUAGUUUUGGCUGGUACCAAGGUCGGCUUCCCGGAUGUCAAGGAUGAAAGAUGGAAGUGGGUAACACACAAGACUCCAGUCUCCGAUGUAUUGCCAGCUCCGAGACUGCAGAUCAGGUUUGUGAAUGCGACGUGUGUCAUAUUGACGUGGUCGAUAGAAGGUGACGCGUCGAAUAUCCGCAGCUAUGACAUCGUGCUGAGGAACUUGAAGAAUGGCGACGAUGUCAUUAGAGAUGUCCACAUAGUAUCGCCCGCACUCAAGCACGUCUUGUGUGGUCUGGAAAAUGAUUCAACGUACGAGAUCACAAUCCACGCUAAUGGUAUCGGCUCGCAGAAGUUUGGCACAGUGACCGAAGAGUUCCGAACGACCGACAAAGCUAUCUACCCUGUCCCGCAGAAUCUGUCGGCGGAGGUUCUCGAUCUGUCGUCACGGGUAAAGAUCACCUGGGAGUACACGGGGUUGCUGGGUUCAGCGGUCUCCUUCACCGUGUGUUACAGGCUGGAUAACUACCGCGUUGAUGAUGGGAGACAGUGUCGGAAUAGUAACAAGAAAAGUAUUACUAUUGAAAACCUGGAGCAGAACAAGAGAUACAGAUUUGUUGUCGUGGCGACAGUGGAUGGUCACAAGAGCCAAGAGAGUGAACCCUACUUGUUCGUAGUGACCUACAACAAUAAAGUUCCAAGUGCCCCAACCAACAUCACAUACCGACUACUUUCUGCUGAGGCAAUAGAACUGCAGUGGAAGCCGCCGAAAUCGCCCAAUGGGAAGAUUACGUCUUACAUCAUUUUCUAUGUGUCGAACGAUACAAAGCAACAUCUGUGGAGAAACUUCACAAAGCCAGGUGCUCUGACGAAGUCCGAGGUGAAGGAACUGAAGGCGGCGGCAUACUACUUCAAGCUACAGGCGUGUAACCAGGUGGGAGAGGGCGACAUGUCUCAUGUGCUCCUCGUCAGACUCGACCAGAAGAGGACCGGUGCGAGUUUGUUUGCAAAAUCAACUCUGGCCAUCGUGAUUGGGGUGUCCAUCGGAAUCGUCUGCAUCAUCAUCUGUUGUAUCGUGGUGUUUGUCUUUCGACAGAGAUGCCUGAAUCAAAGCGAACAGUGUAGCCACUCUCCUCCCACUUUCCACGGCAACGGUCACCUUCCCUGCAAUGGCAACGGACAUGCCCACCCGACGACCAAUGUGGAGCUGAAGGAAUGGGAGGUAACUCCGAUGCUGACACAGAUGCUUGAGAACGAACAGUCGGAUUCUAAGGGAGGAGGAAAUUUAAUCGUAACGCCAAACGGGGUCAAGGUUAAUGGUCUUCUGCAAGGCUUUCAGAACGGCCACCUUCCUAAUGGACACGUGACCUCGCUCGAAGGUCAUGGCCAUCUCGAGGGCGUGGCCAAUUGUGAGGAGCAUCGCGGUCUGAUUGCAGCAAUGCUGGCAUCUACUGACGGAAGCCAGACCGGGGACGGCAGCGAGUCUGGUGUGAACAUCAGCAAUAUCAGCAGCCUCAGUCCCGGUGUCGAGUCACUGGAGGACAUCGACCGCAGCGCGUCGGAGGACGAAGAGGAUGAUAACAACAGCCUGCGCGACAUUGGCGUCGUCCGCGACUCACGACGCAGCUACAGGGACGUCGACAUGCGCGUCAUCCCCGGUGAGCCGAAAUCUCGCGGUCUUGUUGGCCGCAUGGACCAAUUUGCCCCUCAGGAAGACGACGAAGAGACGGUUAAUAUUUCAGCAGAUGAUGGUCCAUGCGGGUCGACGGGUCACCACGGCGAUGAGGCAUCGUUGUUGCCGUCGACGACGACAAUGACAUCGCGUCCUGCCCCCGCUAUGAAAGCACACCAGCCAACUACCUCAUUAUCCGGCAGCAGACUUCCUCCUCCUACUUCAUGCCGGACCCCCGGACGGAAUAUUGACGGAGAGGGGUCAGUCGGGUUAUCGAAUCGUUCGCCCGACGACAAUUCGUACCAUCGGCCCCCGCCACAGUCCUCGACAGCCAAGACCUCUAGGGCAGCAGUAGCAAAAGCAACAACAACAACAACAACAGCAGCAGCAGCAGCAGCAACAGCAGCAUCUCGCAGCGAACCUCAGGGGAAGAAGAGCAAGGCAGAUUCGUCAUCUACGGGUAGUUCGGCCAUUCCUCAGGGAGACAAUGUGCAUUCUGCAUCACCCCAUUCACGUUUACCUCAGGGGAACAUGGCGCGCCCUGCGCCCGUGUCAUCUCUAGCAUCUCAGGAGCUGUGUAAAGACUUUAUUUCGACGGCGGCUAGGUCAGACAAAGCGACGUCUCGGGUGACUGCCGCGCCUACUUCUGCCGCCGCAACGGGGAAAAGCUCUCAGGAACCAGCUGACGUUUCGACAAUGGGAAGUUCGUCCUUACCUCACCCGAUACCUCAGUUCUAUCGCCAGACUUCGACGCCGAGUGCGUUUGCAGGAAGUGAAGCGGUUUCUAUCGUGUAAAUAACGAAAACACACACAGACAAUUUUUUUUUUUUUUUUUUAUUGUGACAUGAUUUGCAAGGACGACCUGUGUCGACUGUUAAUGAUAUUUUUUUUUUUUUUUUUUUUUUUUUUUUUUUUUUUU